AAAGAACUAUGGUGACAAAGACAUGGUAUAUUUGCAUUGUAGGCAGUGGCUAAGAGAAUUGCCGUCGAUUAACAUUGUGGGAGAACAGAACUUCCUAACAGAUUGAACUGUUCAUGCGCGCCGGCGGUGUAGAAUUUGUCAUCUCAUUGUUCACAAUCAAUGGCCAUUUCCUGUUCCCUGUCGGCGCCUUCCCUUUGGUCCAUGUCGAUAGACGGUUCACAAAGACAACAACACCAACUCCGAUAACGAUGAGUACCGUUAGGCGCAGAAGCGCGAUGGUGAGAGGUUCCAUGUCUUCGACUGCUUUGUCACGGGGUCGAAUGUUAGACUCGUUGGUGUGGGACUGUGUUCUCUUAUACCGCGCGAGUUGUGGCGAGCAAUGCUUCCGUAGGCAGAAGCGCACAGGUACCCGACUGAUAACACGAGAGAAGUAUGAUUUGUAAAGAACAAAGGAUGUUCUACAAUUUGUCUUAGACUAUAUAAAACCACAAACGCCGGUCCCCACCAAGUCAUAACGUCGUGAGGACGUAUGUUUGGGUAUAUCCUAGCCAAUCAAAUCAAUAUUUUCCCAGGUCCACAACCCUAACGGCGACAGCCAA